AUGACCGUGAACGUCAGUCCUGAGUGACGGACGUGGCUUUCAAAGAAUCCACCAAAUAUUAUUAUUUAUUAUAUUACACUUCAAACUCGAUACACUGCCCAUGAAAGAGCAUGCACAAUAAAAGGGGGAGACGCGGACCCCAACUGCAGUCAGACCAGAGCGCCAAUUUAUUGUGUCAACGAUUGGUCACUGUUUGUAGUUUCUGUUUAGCGCUCAUGAGAGACAGUGAAGUAUAGUUCUAGAGUUCAUGUGCGGGCUUUACUCGGAAUCUCGUAAGGUCCACAAGGAUUCCUCGCGCAGCACUCUAUUCAGAUAUUACCCGAGUUACAGGCAACAUUGCAAUCAAAAGGUGACAUCCUGACUCAGGCGCAAUGAACCUCUUCAACGGUUUUAACCCCGGCGCCCCAGCCGACAUCGGUAAGGCCUUGUUAUUAGUGAUCGUCGCUGCGUCUGUCAUUGCCACCACUUCUGCUCGUCUCCUACCUGUUUCCGUUGAACUGGACGACGAUGAGGGUCGUAGUCGCUUUCGACGAGCGGAUGGAGACAACACGACAACCGAGAUGCCGUCAGACCUAGAUCUGGGUGACGGCACCACAGCUAACCUGAAGGAAAUUUUCCUCGGUCGAUGUUACGCAUGUGAAUUCUGCACUGAAGAACAAAAAGAAGCUUACGAUUGUUUGGCAUUAUGGAACGCCUUCAAUUCGAGUUUUGCAUACAAGGAACCGUGUACCAGCGUGCCAGAAGAUUUUGACGCCUACGUUGACAUGGUUUUUAUGCCCCUUCCCGAAGAUCAGACUCUGUUCUAUUCAGGAAUGUACAGUAUGGCGAUGGCUAUAGGCAGACAGUCCUCUGAUUAUACCAACAUCGAGCUGACGAUGCUCGGCAGAGUAGUGGACGGAAGCAUUUUCUGCAGUAUGGCCGAAGCACCAGGGAUAAAUUACGAUGCAUGUCCGAAGUUUGGCAGUUGCACGAACGAAACCCAAGCGGCAUUCUGGGGAAAGUCGUCAAAGCGUUUUGCGGGCGGGGCAAGUGGUGACGUCACUGUUAUACUGGAUGGGAGCAGGACAGAUGGAGCGUAUCGAUCGACAAGUUUCUUUAGGACUGCAGAGGUGGUUAAUCUUGAUCCUGCUAAAGUGACAUCAUUGACGGCUUACAUCGUUCACAACCUGGAUGGGACUGUGACAGAGAAAUGCAUUACAGGUUCUUUGUUGGAUUUACAAGAGGAUAUAACUUCCAAAGGAAUUUCAUUUAAUUGUAUCGACGACCCAAGCAUUACACGUCACGUACAAUGCAUCCAGGACCCAGGACAUGAUCUAUGUCGACCAUACUCCGGCUCGGCUCCCACGAAUUUCGCCUCACCUAUAUUUCUAAUUCUAGCAUUUCAACUUGUUUCAUUAUUGACGCGGUAAUUUUUCUUUUUAAGGAAAGGGAAAAGGGGGGUGAUACAUUUGAGGUUUGUGCAAAAAGGGGAGAAUUCGAAAUUGACUUAAUUGUAUUCAUUUCAUAUCGUGUUGUCUCUUGAUUACCAAUUGUGAGUUUCUUUAAUAUUACGAAUGAAAGUGGAAAGAUUAAUUUCUAAAAAAGUAAGAGGAAGACAAGUAGGAGAUGAAGAAAAAAAAAGAAGGAGAAGAAGAAGAAUUAAGAAGAAGACGAAUUAAGAAGAAGGAGCAGAAGAAGAAAAAAUAAAUAAAAAGGUUGAAAGAGAAAGGGGGAGGGGAGAUGGCAAUAUAGCAUAAGACUAAUCAAUAUUUAACUACAAAAAGAUAAGUCUUUUAUAUUAGAUAAUAGUAUCUAUUUUCACGUUGUCUUCCAUGCAGUUUUUCAUGUCUAAACCUAUAUUUUUACUUUGUAUAUAAUUAUAUAUACUAUAUAUAUAGAUCAUCUUUGCCUUCUAUGAGAAAGUAUUAUAUCGAUUUUAUAACAAAUACAAACAUGAUUUUUAGAUUAGAAAUUGAUUGUAAAACAGAUGUUAUCUAUAAACAUUGCAUUUUAAGUUUUAGCUAAUGCAUGUAAUGAGUGAAAAACACAUACAUGACGCCACGCCAUAUUAUAAAAUAACAUGUGCGCUGAAAUAAGUCGUUGAUCUUUAGAUGUCCAUUGUUGUGUAAUUAUUAUAAUAUAAAUCAGACCAAUGCAGAAAUAGCUCAGACAGUGAUAAAUCAAGCAGGGAUGUGGGAUUUGACUUUUCUGGAUCAUAUUUAUUUAUUUAUUUAUUUAUUUAUUUAUUUGUCGUUUUAUUUCAAAAGGGUAGCCCUUUCAGUUACAAGAACUGCUCGACCAAGGGGCCCUGUAUCAACAGAUAUUAAAAACAUAACAAAAAACAAUAUCACAUAAAAAUAGUCAACAAAAUGAGCAUAAUAAUCAAUAAGAAAGAAAAAAUGUUAUACAUAAUAGUAAAAAUAAAUCAAAAUCACUAAUAAACUUAUAACAACAGAAAGUAACAUAAAGUAUUCAUGGAAAUCUUUAAAACAUAUUUGUGUGAGGGAUAUCGAUUUACAAUUUUUUUUUUUUAAGAAUUAAGUGAAUUUGCUAAACGGAGAGAAGGUGGAUAAAGUAUUUCAUAUUUGAGAGCCAUGAUAACAAAAUGAUCUUUUAUAGUAAAUGAGGUUUUUCAAUAUAUCAACUUACAAUGCACGUUGUACCACGGGCCCUGAUAAAGUACCUACCCUUUACUUUUCUAAAACGAAUUUACAUUAGCCCUCUUUAUCGAAGAUUGGUUUACAAGUGUAUACAUAGUCAUAUCAUUAUUAUUGCCAAAAGCUAG